AUGGAUAAGCCUAAGGAAACUGACACUGAACGCAUCGAAAAGGCGAUCACACUGGACGAGACGAUCGACACAGCCCUGGACAAGCGUCUGAAUCGCAAAUUUGACAUUCGUAUCCUGCCUUGGUUGUUCGGGAUAUGGCUCUUCUCGUUCAUAGACCGCAGCAACAUCGGCAACGCAAGAAUAGCCGGCCUGUCUGACGAACUUUCUAUCACAACCGGUACUCGGUUUAACAUCGCCCUCCUCGUUUUCUACAUCCCGUACAUCCUGGUCGACGUACCGUCUAACCUAAUCGUCAAGCGUUUGCGCGCCGGGAUAUACCUACCAGCUCUGAUCACAGCAUGGGGUCUAGUGUUCAUUUGCUGGGCUGGUGGCAUGUAG